GGAUGGAGUGCGAUUCUCUGGCGGGCGACAGAGCCAGGCGCCCGCCCGGCCGCCGGCGGCUGCUGCUCUGGCUGCCCGCUGGCCGCGGUGGAGGCGCGGGGGGCCGCGGGGCCGCGGGGCCGCGCCGCUGCCUGCCCCGGCUGCUCGGCGGUCUGGGGGCGCUGCGACCCCGCGGCGCCGCGUCCCGAGCCUCCCCGCUGCUGCUGCUGCUGCUCGUGCCGUCCCCGCGCCUGGCCGCCGCCGCUGCCCCUCGCCGGACGCCGGCCGACCGGGAGCGCCCGCGCGCGGCCCGGGGCGGCGCCCUUCACCUGAGCCCCGGCCCGGCGCCCGGCCUCGCGUGGUCCAGGAGAGAGCUAAGCCUCUCUGCUGGCCACCUGCAGCUGGAGCACAGACGGAGCGAUUUCACCUCUUCGGGAAACAGGAAGCUCUUCUUUGACACCCAUGCCUUGGUGUGCCUGUUCGAAGAAAAGGGGUUUACUACUCAACAAGCGGAAAUCAUUGUGUCGGCAUUGGUCAAGAUCAUGGAGACCAACAUGGACAUCAUCUACAAAGAUAUGGUCACCAAGGUGCAGCAGGAGAUCACUCUUCAGCAAAUCAUGUCUAAGAUUGCCGCUGUGAAAAAGGAUAUGAUUAUUUUGGAAAAGAGUGAAUUUUCAGCCCUACGAGCAGAAAAUGAGAAAAUAAAGCUUGAACUACAUCAGUUAAAACAGCAAGUGGCGGAUGAAGUGCUCAAAGUCCGAACAGAUACCAAAUUAGACUUCAAUCUAGAAAAGAGCAGAGUAAAAGAAUUGUACGCCUUGAAUGAAAGGAAGCUGCUGCAGUUGAGGACAGAAGUAGUGGAGUUGCAUGCCCAGCAAGAUCGGGCCCUCACCCAGACAGACAGGAAGAUAGAAACGGAGGUUGCUGGCCUCAAAACCAUGCUCGAAGCGCACAAGCUUGAUACUAUUAAAUAUUUAGCAGGGUCUGUAUUUACAUGCCUAACAGUAGCUCUGGGAUUUUAUCGCCUCUGGAUGUAAUAAAAUGUGUAUUUAAAGAGAUUUUUUCUAUGAUUUUUGCCUUAAGAAUCCCAGAUUGUUGUCCUUUUUUUUUUUUUUCUUAUUUCAAAUGUUAAAGCUGGUUUUGACUUCCUGUGUAUGUCUGUGCGAAUGACGGUCGGUCGUGUCGCUGAGGCGGAGCCCAGGACCCGGCUGGUCGUUCCUUCGUCUUUUCCGUUCCAUUGACUGUUCCCUGAGGGGUGAGGCCAACACAUUGAUGACGCCGCUCAGCGGACCCAGCGGACUUGCUCUCCCCUGUGGCGUGUCUCAACAGGACGUGUCUGUACAGUUCUCCACAGUGUUGGAGCAGAAGCUUUGGGGUCUUCACUUCCAGGGCAGACUGACUGGUAAGCACCGUAGAGCCACCACAGCUGCCCCAGGAGCAGCGAGCCCCCCUCACGCAGCCGUCCCUGUCCCCACGUGCUGUGGUUCUGCACUGAACAGAGCGCCGCUCUCCGUCCUGGAGCCCUAGUAAGCUGCUGUCUCUCACGUGCCGUCCAGCUGGAAAAGCUGGCUGCCCCGGAAGCAUGCCGACGGCGACAGGGCCUCUCUGGCCUCUUGGAAUGCUGUGGUCUUUUUCCUGCCUCCUCCUUUCCCUCAGGGUGUGAGGACUGUCACCCUGCUCCAUUGCGACAUCACCCAACUAGAACACCAGCUGGUCCUCACCCCAGGGGUUCCUCCCAUUACGAGACAGUCUGUCCCCCGUGGCCUCACCUGCCUUUGAUACCCAGGAGACAUUUGGCUGUCCUGUCGGGUGUCAAGGUUACUGUACACACUUUUCAUAAUUGAAAUGUAGGUCUCCAAGGAACACACCUUUGCCAGGAGCCAUCUCAGACUGUGGGCCUUGAGAAUGCCAACCAGGGAGCUGUUGUGUCAGGCUCCUUCCUAACCCAGAGGACGUCUCCUGGGCUGCAGGCCUCCUCCCUGCCAUGGGAACGCACAGUCCUUUCCAGCAGCGGGGUUACUGUGCAGAGGGGUGUUCCCGUCCAAUGGCCUUGGCAGGCAAGCAGGCAAGAGCACGUCUGAUGGCAGCAGUGACACCGAGGGAGCCUUCACGUCUACUCUGUGCACACGCACGCUUGCACGCACACACACACGGCUGUGUGAACAUUCCCUGAUCUGACACAAGAAUGAAUUGCCUGUUGACCCCAUUCCAACCACACUGGCUGCAAUCAGUUACCUUUUGUUCUUUCUGAAUUUUAGAAACUGUUAAGCCAUCACCUUUUUAGAAACAUUUAUGUAAUCCAAAGAUUUUUAGUUCUAUGACACGUGAAAACCCAAUGCUUUUGUAUUAAAAGCAUUAUAAAGUAAAUUGUUCUUUUGUUUAGUCGUCUUCAGAUACAUCACAGAGGCUGUCUUGACUGCUAAUCAUUUCAUUGGUGUGAGUUGCUUGUUUUCAAGGAGAGUCUGCAGCGAGCACGCCAGGAGGGCCACGGUGUGCUGGCCUGACUCGAGUUGGUCGGAGCGUGGAGGAGACGCAUUGAGCCCCACCCCCAUUUCAGAGCACAUGCCAGCAGUAAGUGCCCCUCUGGCCUGACAAAAUAGCUUCUAAAUACCAUCUGUUGAGGUGACACACUUGAGUCUGCUGAAAAUAUCCCCAGGUGUUCAUCCCAGGGACAGUGGCCCGGGUCCUCCUGUCACUUCACUUGAACCUUCAGUUUUGCUGCAGAGUUCUUUGCAGAACCUCACAUCUCUGAUCUUGGGAUGGAAUGCAGACCUGGAGCUAAGGGUCCAGUGCUGCACAGUCAGCCCCAUUUGUUCUAGAAAGAAAGCAUCAAGCCAGAAGUGCAUGGCUGUCCUUCCUCUGUGGACUCGGGUUCAAGUCUGAGCAUGCUAGGACGAGUCACGGUGUUAAAGCUUCCUGUGCCAGCCUGGCUUUUAAGAUUUCUAGAUCAUUUUAGCAGAUUAGACAGAGUGGGAAAAGCUGCAGGUGGCAGCCUGCGUGUGUGUAGUACAUGUGGACAGUAACCACCACCCUCGAGGUGGGUGGUGGGCACACUGGCAGAUACCAUGCAGAACACCCGAGCGACAGAUCCCCGGUCCCUUUUUGUGCAUCCGUCGCUCUGCUUCCCGCCCUCCCCCUGCCCUUUACCUUUAGCAAAGAAUCUGCACUCCGGUCCCCUGUCUUCCUUUCCUGCCCCGCUAACACGCAAAAUCUCUUCUGGGGCCAGAAACCCUGCUUUUGACUUGCUGUGUUGGUUUCAUUUCCUAAGCGGGUUCCAUAGCUUACUGUCUAGCAAGACUAAAUCUGAAAGGCGUUUGGGUUUUUCACCAAGCCCCUUAGUUAGGCAGCUACAAAGUCAAGAAGAUUUGACUCAAACUGGAAGUCUGGCCAGAAUCUGUUUCUGAACACCUCAAAAACAAAUCCUGAGCCCCACCCAGCCAGCAGGUCUCUGUCUCAGCUUUUAGGGUACCUUUGUAGCUGUACUGGUUAGCAGAAUCCUCCCAGUGGUUUCUGCUCUAACGGGCCUGCCUGUCUGCCCACCGUGUCAAUAUCAGCAAGCAUUUCUCUCCCUACCCUAGUCGGUGUCAUUCUUAGAAUUUUGUGUCACUGAGCAAAUUUACAGGCAGUUUUAUAAGACUCAUGUCUAGAGAACUUUGUAGCAUGAGUGUAAUCAAAUUUGUAACAGCUUUUCUAGCACUGAAAGCAAAAAGAUGUUAACUGGAGAUAAUUUAUUCUUUAUAGGAAAUGUUGGAGAAUGCUUAGUAUUUUUAUUGAGAUUUUAUUUGGAAAAAUGCUUAUCUUUCCACAGAUUCCUCUUUAUGUUUCUUUGAUUAUAACCCAAAUAAUUUUUAACCUUUUUUACUAAGCAAAUAUUUGACUACAUUUUAUUUACUAAGUGGAUAUGUUAUUUUUAUCUAAGAUAAAAUGUAACUAAUAAAUUUGUAACUAAUAAAUUUUUCUUAAGCUUCAAACUGAAUAUGAAAAACUUGAAUAAAUGCUUUCUGAAACAA